UUGGACAGGACUUAGACACACAGAAGAAAAGAAGACUAAGAAAAGGUAGAAAAAGAAAAAAAGGCAACCAUGGGGAAGAAGGUGGCCAUCAUCGGCGCUGGUGUCAGUGGUUUGGCUGCCCUCAGGAGCUGUCUGGAAGAAGGGCUGGAGCCCACCUGCUUUGAGAGGAGCAAUUACGUCGGGGGCCUGUGGAAAUUCUCGGACCAUGCAGAGGAGGGCAGAGCUAGCAUUUACCAAUCUGUGUUUACCAACUCUUCCAAAGAGAUGAUGUGUUUCCUAGAUUUCCUGUACCCCGAUGACUUUCCCAACUUUAUGCACAACGGCAAGCUCCAGGAAUAUAUCAUUGCAUUUGCCAAAGAAAAGAACCUCCUGAAAUACAUACAAUUUAAGACAUUUGUAUCCAGUAUAAAUAAAUGUCCUGAUUUCUCAAUCACUGGUCAGUGGGAAGUUACCACUGAAAAGGAUAGCAGGAGAGAAACAGCUGUCUUUAAUGCUGUGAUGAUUUAUUCAGGACAUCAUGUGUACCCCAAAUUACCAAAAUUUCCAGGAUUAAAACAUUUUAAAGGCAAAUGCUUCCACAGCAGGGACUAUAAGGAACCUGGCAUAUUCCAGGGAAAGCGGGUCCUGGUGAUCGGCCUGGGGAAUUCGGGCUGUGACAUUGCCACGGAACUCAGUCACAUAGCCAAGCAGGCACCACGCCCUAGGCACUCAGGAGACUGUCACCAAGGUGGUUCUUGGGUGAUGAGCUGGGUCUGGGAUGAUGGCUAUCCUUGGGACAUAGUAAUCCUGAAGAAGGAGACUGUGUUCAAUGACCAGCUCCCAGCUUGUAUUCUGUGUGGCCCCGUAUCCAUUAAGCCUAAUGUGAAGGAGUUAGAGACCUCAGCCAUUUUUGAGGACGGAACCGUGCUUGAGGCCACUGACUGUGUCAUUUUUGCAACAGGCUAUGAUUAUGCCUACCCCUUCCUUGAUGACUCCAUCAUCAAAAGCAGAGACAAUGAGGUCACCUUGUUUAAAGGCACCUUUCCUCCUCUCCUGGAGAAGUCAACCUUGGCAGUGAUUGACCUUAUUCAGUCCCUUGGGGCUACCAUUCCCACUGCUGACCUCCAGGCCCUCUGGGCAGCACAGCCACCAGAAGGAACCAGGCCAGUGGGAUUUACCAAAGGCUUGGUGAGGAGACAGGUGCCGAGCUCAUAUCGGAUGCAAAUAUUAUCAAAACAAAGACUCACUUCUGAAGGGUCUGAAGGGUCUGUUCAUCCUUCAGACCCUACAGCUGACUGGUGUACAUCUUCUACCUUGAUGUGGAUUAUUCAGGGAUCAGGGGCACCAAGUCAGCAGAUUGAAAUUUAUCUUUGUGAAGGCACAGCUGACAAUUAUUAA